CACUAACUUUAACACUAAAUUCCACUACUACCCAUACUAAUAUACUACCUACAUUUGCUUAUCAUCAUUGACUAUGAGUAAAAGAGUCAAUUUACCUUACAGUACGCAGGAUCUCUUUCCUCAUGUAGCAUCUACACCGAAUUCUCUGCGAUUUGUGGGCUCAACUACUGCGGGAUCAAUUAUCUCCACUCAUUCAUCAUUAUAUACUCCACGUACUAAUAAUUAUAAUUCUUCAUCAUCAAUUAGUAGUAGUCAUACAAUUAGUAGUAGAUUUCAAAAUUUAAAGAAAAUGAUUAGACGAUUGUUUAAACCUACUACACUUGAUUUUGAAACGGCUAUAUGGGAAAUCUUUCAUUUAGUUAUAAAUCCUAAGAAAAUGUAUAGAUCACAUUAUUUUUAUAAGCAACAAACAACUAAUAAUGGUAAAUCAUCUUAUACAAGAGAUGAUCCAUCAUUUCUUAUAUUAUUAACGAUAUUUUUAUCCAUUAGUGCUAUUGCAUGGGGUUUAGCUUAUUCUCCAAGAUUUCUUGAUAUAUUAAAAUUAAUUGUAUAUAUGGUAUUCAUUGAUUUUUAUUUAACAGGAUUUAUUAUUGCAACUAUAUCAUGGUUUAUUACUAAUAAAUUAUUUAAUAAUACUUAUGGUAAUUUAGGAGGAUUUAAUAAAUAUAAUGUUAAUUAUAUUGAAUGGGGAUUUUGUUUUGAUAUUCAUUGUAAUUCAUUUUUAGUCAUUUGGGCACUUUUAUAUCUCCUACAAUUCUUAUUAUUACCAUUAUUAAGACUUAAAAAAUCCUUAUUUUCACUUAUAUUAGGUAAUUCACUUUAUUUUGGUUCAAUAGGGUAUUAUUUUGUUAGUACUUUUUAUGGAUUUAAUUCAUUACCUUUCAUAAAUGCAUCUACAACAAGUAGAUCUUCAACAUCUUCAUCUUCAUUUACUAGUUAUUCACCAGCUAAAUUACUACAAUUAAUUAUAAUAGGAGGUAUAUUACCUAUCUUGGCUAUAGCUUGGAUUAUAAGUAUUGGAUUUGGAUUUAAUGUAGCCGAUGCUAUGGUUGAUACUUACUUUAACUAGACGUACAAGUAGACGUAUUGAGUAAUAAAUAAUAA